AUGAAUUCUUUGAGAACUUGUGGUUCCAUUUUUAUGGUGCAUUUGGUGUCUGUCAUAUGGUUCAUUUCCGAUUAUCAUUUUCCAGUUUGUUGGAUUAAUCAAUUAAAUGAAACUCUUGAAGUUUACAAUGUGGAAAUGCAUUCAUUGAAAAGUAGCUUGGAAAAUGAAGUUACGAAUCCCAUGAAAAAUGUCGAAGCAGGGAAUGAUAUCUCGUCUUCACCAGAAAUAAGUCAAUCAGUGACAUUUUCAGCUGACCAACUACCUAUUGUUACGUUUGAUGAGUGGACAAAAGAAAAGUUAAAGCGAGAAGAAAUUAGAAAGGCUGAACAGCAGCAGAAUAAUCAAAAUAAAAUCGUUCCUUCGGAUGUUAUUGAAGCUUCGAAUCUUGAAUUUGCUUUGCCGUCAUCAGGUGGAGUAGAAGAUAAGACUGUGCAUUUGCCGCAUAGUAUUAUUCCCCAAGAAGCUGCAGCAAGAAAUUAUGCUUCAAAAGAAUGUGGUGCAAAGGUUCUUUUUAGUAACGAAGAAGCUGAAAAUAAGAACGGUGUACUAAAUGAAAAAGAAGCAGAUGAUUAUAUGCGCAAUCCAUGUGAACGUGCAGAGCAUAAAUGGCUCAUCAUUGAACUUUGUGAAACUGUACAGCCAACCUAUCUUCAAAUAGCAAACUUUGAGUUAUUCUCGUCGGGGCCACAAAAUAUACGAAUAUCUGGAAGUGAGCGUUAUCCCUCAAAUGACUGGUUUGCACUGGGAGACUUUAUAGCCGAGAAUAGUCGUGAAAUACAAAAGUUUCCAAUUACUGCACGUUCAUACAUCAAGUUUUUACGGCUAGAACUAUUAACACAUUAUGGUCGCGAACAUUAUUGCACCCUUAGUUUAAUAAGGCUUCUUGGAAUUUCAAUGGUCGAUGAAUAUGAAGCGGAAGCUGAAGCUGCUGCAGCGAUUUCUGAUUCUUCAUUUACUUUUCAAGCUGUGGCAUUGGAAAAUAUAGAUCUCACCAAUAGUACUGUAAUCACAAAUACUACAGGCAGCACUCCAGAUGUAAGUGGAACACUUGCGUUGCAGAAAAACAAAAGCGGAAGCGAAUUACCGUUUGUUGAUGCUGUGGUGAACGCAGUAGGCAAUAUAGGAAUCGGUGAUAUUAAGGAUGUUUUGAAAUCAACUUUUUCCUCAAAAUCAAGAGAGUCUUCACAUUCUGUCUCUAGGGAAGCUGUGGCGAUUGUUGAGUUGUGUACGAAAUGUUAUACCGAUACUACUGAUCGUUAUUUUUUGUUCUGCCGAGCAUUCUUCAGAUUUCCGCAUAAGUUUAAUGGUACUAGCAACUCUGAUAUAUUAAAUGAUAGAAAGGAAGGUGGUGUCUAUAUGCCUAUCAAAAAGUUGGAUCAGCGAAAAGAAAAUAUAGUUCAAACCUUAGAUGCGUUUCUCAUAUCUGUUUUACCUACUAAAGUAUGUGAUUUGGAAUUAAAGGAGUCGGAAAAUGUGCAUAAUUUCGUGCCUCAAGCGCAGACGGAAUUAAACGAUUCUUCAUCGAUACAUAAUACAGUGAUUCCAUCAGGGAGUUCAAGUACAUUAACUGGAAAACUUGCAGGAGGCUUUAUGAUUCCUGGUGGAGUUAUAAGUCAUAAAGAAUCGAUAUUUUUAAAACUUAAUAAACGAAUUAGUAAUUUGGAAUUAAAUAUGUCGCUUAGCAGUGAAUAUUUAUCGGAAUUAAGCCGACGUUAUGUUUUUCAAACCAAUGAAAGUCGACGUCAGGCUGAAUUGAUCAUCAAACAAGCGGAAGGGGCUGCUGUUAAUGCUGUUCGACCCGCUAUUGAAGCCUUGAAAAUUCAGGUUAAUGCCCUUCAAAUCAGUUUGGACGAACUUAUGGGACUAGUUAAAAAUUUGUCGGAGCAAUCCAUUCCACUGCAGCGCUCCCUGAUGCUCAAACAUAUAAGAAAUGAAGAUGAUAAAGUGGAUACCUUUCUGGCAGCUCAUCCUGAACCAUUUUUUUAUGAUUAUCAUGACUUGUGGACGAAUAGACAGCUCGUUUGUGUCAUUGUUUUCGUGGUACUACUAACAAUACUGAUUUUGGCAGUGCUAUACUUUGUUGUGAAAGUGAUCAACCGAGGUGCCGUUAGUGAAGAAGUGAAAAAGCAGUUUCAAAAAUCUGUUCAGAAGAUUGACAAUAAUUUGCGAACUGAUGUUGUAAAAGAAGAUAAUGAAUCGAUCUCACCUGAAGAGAACACCGAAGAAAAAAAUUCGGUUGAUUUAUCCGUAGUUUCUGGAACAGCUGAUUUCAUGCAAACUCAUGAUAAAUCAAUUUGUCGCCUAAAACCUGCUGAUGAAGUUACCUUGACCGAUAAUGAAGGAAAGGAAGAAUCUACAAAAAUAUUACAACUAGAGGAAAUAAAUAAUCGACCUCUCUCUCAGUUAUCAACUGCUAGUGAACAAAAUGUAUGGCAGAUAAAGAGACGGAAGAAGAAAAAACACAAAAAAAAAUCGAAAAAAGAAUAUUUAAAUGAAAAAUUGUGUGGCUUUCAAGUUUUUUCCGCUCUAGACAGUUAA